AGCUCAGAGAUACAGCGACACACUACCCCAGCCACAACAUCUACGUAAAAGCUAAAUAAUACAUCGAGCACGUUUUUCAACGUUUUUAACCGAGGGAUUUAUAAUGAAAUAAUCAUAAUACACAUGGAUUAAAUUAUAUUAUUUUUCAAUAAAGAAACGAUGUAUUUGUUGAAGAAACGCGGGUGAUGAGUGAAGGUGGGCACGCUUUGCAACAUUUUCAUGUUUUGACUGUGUUUGUACAGAGUCAACCAGCGUAGGUCACGAUAUAUUUUUAUGAUACAAACUAUCAAUGGGAGACAAGGGCCGUAAGCUUUCGCAGACAAGCUCAUCGAGUUCUCAAAGGACUCCGAAGUAUUUUUAUCAAUUCCGUUUCAUCCUCAUUGGAGAUUCGACAGUAGGAAAAUCAUCGUUGAUACGACAAUUUACAGAGGGCAGUUUUGUGGAUACUACGCCAGCCGAUCCAACUGUAGGGGUCGAUUUUCAUGUUCGGGUUGUAGAGGUUUCUGAAGAUGCAAAGGUAAAGAUACAAGUCUGGGACACAGCUGGACAGGAACGUUUUAGGUCCAUCACAUAUUCUUACUACAGAGAUGCAGUUGCUUGCCUUAUUAUAUACGAUAUCACAAAUAAAGACUCCUUUUAUAACAUCAACGAUUGGUACAAAGAGGCAAAGGAAAAUGUGAAUGAAGAAGAAUGCGUGUUUAUGUUAAUAGGACACAAAGUAGAUAAGGAAUCUGACAGAGAAGUUUCAACAGAGGAAGGUGAACGUUUUGCCGAAGCACAUGACAUGCUUUUCAUAGAAACUUCGGCCAAGGUCCUAUGCAAUGUUGAGGAGGCUUUUCAUAUUGUUGCAAAUGAGGUGUAUAAAAGAUUACAAAGAGGACAAUUAGAAAUGAAACCUGACUGGGAAGGAAUCAAAACAGUAUCUACUAGGCCAGCUGAACUUAUAGGAUUUGAUAGAAUACCCUCAGUGGACAUGCUGGAAGAACCAGUUCAAACUAAGAAAUGCUGCUAAGGUGGGCAGGUUUUGAAGAGGUAGAAUUAAAUUAAUCAUUGAAAAAUGCAAAGGUAUUCUUAUAAGUAAUACUAAAGUGCAUUGGUUUUGGAUUAUUAACCAUCAUUCAAUUGUAAAUAAUUAUAAAUCUUGCUUUUUAAUUAAGCAUAUGGUUAAGACAAUGCAAUAGUUUUACGAUUUGUACAAAGUUAUUGAAAUAUUAUUAAGCUUUAAUAAUCUUAUUAACCUUACAAAAACAAACCAAUGUCAACAGUUAAUUCUGUUCUACCAAACUUACCAAUGCAUUGAAAAAGUAAAUGACAAAUUUGAGUUAUUACAAUGUCAUGGCAGCAUCAGCUGGAACUAUACCUAGAGCUUUAAGUGCCACAAAUGCAGCUUCAGCUUUA